UGUCAUUUAAUUAAUUCUUCAAUAUGUUUUUUGCAUAAAUUCAUUCGAUUAUAAAACAGUUACAAAACUAAUACAUAAUAUGAUUUUCCAUGGGAAAUUAUUGCAUUUUUUAUGCAUCUACUAUUCUGCUGCGCUUCUAAGUGUUAAAAGUUUUAAAAGUUGUAAAAUUUUGGGCGUUUUCCCCUUUCAAUCAAAAAGUCACAAUAUCAUGUUCGAGCAAUUAAUGAAGGGUUUGGCACUGCGUGGGCAUAAAGUGGAUGUUAUCACUCAUUUUGAAUUAAGAAAUCCACCAAGUAACUAUCGAACAAUUAUUAAUUUUAGUGAAAUUAAGCACAACUUGCUUAAUCUGACAAAUAAUUUGCCAAUAGACAAAAUUUUGAAACACGAUAUGCCAUACUAUCUCGCCAUCUUGCCAGGAAAUGAAAUUUGUCGAUUAUUAUCUAAUGAGAAAAUGCAACAAUUCAUUAAAAAUCCGCCAAAUAAGUACGAUCUCAUCAUUACCGAGGCUUUUGCAGCAAAUUGCUAUUUUGGUUUGGGCUUCGUACUAAAAGCACCAGUCAUAACGGUGUCUACAAUGAUGGAAUUUCCAUGGACUUUUAAUUCAAUCAGAAAUCCCGAUUCAACCGCUUUCAUUGCAAAUGUAUUUUUUGGAUCGUCAACAAUUGAGACAUUUUUCGAUCGCUUAAGAAAUACAAUGACUGUCCAUCUCGGCAGAAAUAGAUUUUACGGAAUGGCCGACAAAACUCAGACAGAAUUAAUGAGAAAAUAUUUGAGUCCAGACAUACCAAAUAUACGAGAAGUGGAAAAAAAUGUUGCACUAAUGUUUACAAAUUGCCAUUACACAUUUUUUGGAGUGAGACCUCUCAGUCCAGCUAUAAUUUCCAUAGCUGGUUUGCAUGUUGAACAAAAUACUGAUGAGCUCUCAUCGGAAUUGAAAAAAUGGAUGGAUGACAGUGUACAUGGUGUAAUUUAUUUCACAUUUGGUUCAAUGUUACUCAUUGAAAGCCUUCCUAAAAAAGUUAUUCUCAAAUUUUAUGCUGCAUUUUCCAAAAUAUCACCUGUUAGAGUUUUAAUGAAGGUAGCUAAUGAAAAUAUGUUGCCUCCAGGUCUUCCUGAAAAUGUGCUCACAUUUGCAUGGAUACCUCAAAUUCCAAUUUUAAAACAUAAUAAUACCAAAGUUUUUAUGACACAUGGUGGUCUGAUGGGAAGUCAAGAAGCACUUUUUUAUAGUGUUCCUCUCAUAGGAUUUCCGCAAAGCGUUGAUCAGUUUAUAAAUGUUGACGUUUUAGUGAGGAAAAGUAUGGCAAUUCAAAUGGAUCAUGAAACAAUGACAACUGAACACUUAAUUGAUUCUUUAAAUUUAAUUCUCUCGGAUGCAACCUACAAAAAUGCUGCUGUACGUGAAUCUCGUAUUUUCCGAGAUCGACCAAUGAGGGCAAUGGAAACUGCAAUUUUUUGGGUGGAAUACAUAAUUAGAAAUGGACCCAAUUCAUUGAAAUCACCGGCUAUUGAUUUACAUUGGUGGCAAGUCGAACUCUUGGACGUUUACGCAUUUUUAAUAAUCUCAUUUAUCAUAAUUUUAUAUAUUUUUAUAUCUCUUAUCACAAGAAUUAUUCUUGUUAUGCAAACUGCAUAAAAAGACAAUUAAAUUUCUAGACUAAUUUCAAUUGAUUUUUGCUAAUAAUAAAGAAUCUCGUUAUUCCAA